CAGCAUGCUCGCAACAAAGGUCCUAAUGCAGUGCCGGUGAUCGCCGUAUGUAGCCUGAGCCUGGUGGGAUUGCUCAGAGACUACCGGUGAGCAGUGUCAGGGACCCCUACAGCAUUUGCACAACGCACACAGCAUACGUUUUGUAUUCCUCGCAUCUGUACCUCGUUACAUCCGGUGUUACUUACAGAACUUCACGCUUUCUAGACUUGUACAAGGAAGCCUUCGGUCAAAUCAGUACAGCUCCUUCUCCAUCACCGGCGUCCCAGGAUCAUCACUUAUAGUAGCAGUCGCUUUCUCAGCUGGUCUUCUUCUGUCAAGGACAGAUGAGGAUGAGUCAUCGAACGAACAAGAUGGUGAUGGUGAUUGUACGGUGUGCCCUCGAUGUGUGCAUGUUUCAAAAUGCCUUAGACAUGUCUGUCAGUGGUGCAGCUUCCCUCCCCCCGAGUCCGACUCCCUAGCUCUCGCACGACAUGACGAAACCUUCCAAGACCACAGCGACGGUGACCUACGAUGGGACACGUUACGACUUGCCACUACCCUGCACCGUAGAUUGGGGGAAGCAGGCUACAACAUUUACUGCGGUCCCUUCUUGGUGGCAGAGUACAGGCAGCCCACUGCAGAGUACAUGGCUAACAUUCUGUCAAGCGCAUGCUGUCACCGACACCGGUCUACCAAGUAGCUCGCUGACGAGUCCGGGAGAGCCCACAUCGACGCCUGCUGGCACCGGCGUGCCCUCCACGACCAGUGACACAAAUCCUACUACACCUUCGGAGUCUCAGAAUACUUCGAAUUCGCAUGCAGCCUCACGAAGCCUCGAUACCACAUUUCCAUCGGAUAGCUUUUCCGCAGGACAGAUAGCCACGGACAAUGCGUUCUCGCUGGGAUUACCAUCCGCAACCAUUCCGUCUCUUCGGUCCUCGAGUCAGUCCGGUUCCACAGACCCGCUCUGGACAGAGACAGAAUUGCAAACCCAGCGACCUACGGCGUCGACCAUCAGCAGCAGUAUGGGCGGACCGCCUGCCAGCGUCGCCGAGCAGUCCUCUGCGAGCCUUUCUUCACACGCAAGCACCGCCGCCAUCGCAGGAGGAGUUGUCGGGGGUAUACUAUGCCUCUUACUACUCCUCAGCUCCCUCUUCUGGUUCCGGCGGAGGCAGCACAGGCGAAAACUCCCCCCUUCAGCCGAGUUCAUGGGCGUAGUCCGCACACCUACUCCCGGGCCAUUCACCACCCGACUCGCGAUCGUACGUGAUAGCUCAUACGAGCCGGUUGAGCCGCCACCGGCGUUCACGUCGGGCGCGUACAGUGAUCAGGUCUAUGAGAAGGCAGUAGGCGACCAGAAGGAGCGGCUGGAGGGGGAGGAUGACGCGGAGGAGUCCGUGGAUGGGUCUGCAACCCUGCGGUCUGAGAGCGCGGACUUGCAUUGGAAGACUGUUGGCGAGGCCAUAUGACCCGGGGAUGUGCUUUGGAGUGGAUGCAUCCCACGGACUACAUGGACACAGACAUGGCAUGAUAUGUCUAGGGCGGGAGCUCCGGAAUCCACGUAUACGGGAGGUUUAUGAUAUCAUUU